AUGGUCAAUUUCGCACUCGCCCUUAUACCUGACGAAACACUCCAAGCCACCAUCGAUAAGUUCUUCAAGACGCAGUGGCACAAUACUCUCAACCAGAGAGCAUAUACUGCUCUGGCGUCCAGACCAGCACCCCUAUUUAUCGAAACAAGGACUACAAGCAGCACCGCGGAUCGCAGCAAGGUGCAACUAGGGAUAUGGGUAGCAGCAUGGUAUCAACGUCUACGAGAUGCAAAUUCCGCCAAGAAUCCUACCUCUAUUGCUUUGAUGCAGUAUGUUCUUCCUCCUCCUGUUGGCAAGGCUUAUCCUAAUGUGAUGCAGACGCUUAUUGACCAAGCGAUUCGCAUUGUUGAUACAGCAAGUAUAGUAGGAAUGUAUCAGCUUCUCACGGCUCUGAGGGUGAUUAGGAAGUGGGCAGAUACGGAGUUUUGCACGUGUAUUGGUGAUUUUCUAGCGAACAUUGAGAUUCCCUCACAGUAA